AUGGAUGGCUCCGCACUCUACAACGGCUUUCGGAAGAAGAGGCGAUCCCGAGCCCAGCGCGACCGGGAGAGGCGAUUCCAAGGCGGAUUACAAGGGGCGGCCGGCGGGGCCGCGGGGGGGGCGUCGGGCGGGGAGCCCCGGAGGACCCCCGCGCCCCCCCUCCUCUCUUCCUCGGGCUCGGAGCUCGAAAACAAUGGGCACCCGCCGCUCCCGCCGUCCGCCCGGCCCAAACCCCCCAGGAGGAAGAGGAGAGAGUCUUCCUCCCCCGAAGAAGACAUCAUCGAUGGCUUUGCCAUGGCCAGCUUUGUCAGCCUGGACGCUUUGGAGAAGGAUGCGGUAGUGAAGCCCCACGACCUGGUGGAGAAACGUCAGGAUCCCUUAGUAAAGAAGAAACGGGACAUUCUUACCAAUGGGCUGCCGUACCAUCCUAAAAAGAACAGACUGCACCAUCCCCAGUACGGCUCAGACCGGGAGAAUGACCGCAACCUUUGCCAGCACCUCAGGAAAAGAAAAAAGGUCCUGAAAAGGCUCCGACAGCUUAAGCCAGGCCAGAACAGCUGCCGAGACAGUGACAGCGAAAGCGCCAGCGGAGAAUCGAAAGGGUUCCAACGGAGCAGUUCUCGAGAGAGACUCAGCGACGUAAGUGCAGUUUUGGAAACCACAUCUUGA